AUGGUGUCAUUCAGCGACAUCCAAGAUGCCCAUGCGCGCGUCUCGCCCUAUACGCACUACACACCUGUUCUCACCAACCAGGCGAUCGACUCGUUGGCGACCGAGGCGCUGUUCGGCGCUGCAUCUGCCAGCCCCAAGCCGCGUGUGCGCCUGGCCUUCAAAGCCGAACACCUCCAGCGUGUAGGCGCCUUCAAGUACAGAGGUGCCACCAACUCGGUGCUUGUCCACCUCGCCGCCGCCAAAGCGCAGCACGAAGCAGAUCCUAGCAAAGAGGGAGAGUUCAGCCCAGAAAAGCUGGUGGUGGUGACGCAUUCGAGCGGCAACCAUGCUGGUGCGCUCGCAUGUGCUGCCAAGUCGGCAGGCUGUAUCGCUGCUGUUGUGAUGCCUGAAAAUGCACCCAAACCCAAGAAGGACGCGGUGGCAGGGUACGGAGCACGCAUCACGUUUUGCAAGCCCACGCUCGAGGCACGCGAAUCGACGGCGAAAGCGGUCAUGGACGACUACGAGAGGAAAGGAUACACGGUGCGAUUUGUCCAUCCUUAUGAUGAGCCGUUGGUGAUCGCGGGCCAAGGGACCAUGGCGCUCGAGCUGCUCGACCAGGCUCCUCAGCUUGAAGUUCCGACCGCCUGCUCGCGUGCAGCUGAUCCUCGUCCUCCUACCGCCAGACCACUGCACGGCUCGAAGAACGUGCCUGCCUCGGGUCCGAAAGCCGAAGCAGCUUGGAGCAACAGGGAAGUCUCUGAGCCAGUGCUCGACAUUGUUAUCGCACCGGUGGGAGGAGGAGGCAUGCUCUCCGGCGUCUCGACGGCAGUCAAGGGAGCCGACAGCAGGAUCAUCGUAAUCGGCGCCGAACCAGACCUGGUCAACGACGCUUUCCACUCGUACCAAACAGGACAGGUCCAAUUGCCACCACAGCCGCCCAAGACCAUCUGCGACGGCCUGCUCACAUCGCUAUCGCCCUUGACGCUAGAACAUAUCCAAAAGAAUGUAGAUGGCAUCGUCACUGCACGUGAGGAAAACGUGCUGAAAGCGCUGCAACUGCACUGGACGCGACAGAAGCAGUUGGUCGAGCCAAGCGCUGCUGUGGGCCUUGCUACCGUGUUGCAAGGCUUCAACGAGGCAGCAGCCCAACAGGCAUCUACAACAGACUCGUCCGACCGAUCGCUGUGGGGUCUUAAGAAUUGGGUGCAGCACAUCGCCCAGCGGAAAACGGAGGCCGGCCAAGAGGAGCCCGAGGUGCGCAUCGGUAUCAUCUGGAGUGGCGGAAACGUGGAAGUCGCAAAAGUAGUGGCCAGGUUUGAAGAGUAUGGUUUGUAA